AUGACUACACUAUUAUCCUCAUCACCUUCAACUCAACCACAACAACAAGAAUCUCAACCUAUUGCCAACCACAACAACAACAACAACAACUACAACAACAACAACAACAACAGUCACAUAAAUAGUCACCAUGACAACGAGGCACACAGUGAUGACCUAUCUCAACCGAGAACGCCAAUUCCUGCAAACGCACAAAACAUCUCCAUAUUGCUAAACUCAGCCAAGUCCACCGCCACGAACACCAACACCAACAAUGUAGAGCCCAACUUUAGCUCCCAAACAGCACCAGUAGUAACACCUCGCUCAUUGGCGUCUAUUUUCACAAGAAGAGUAUCCUUCAAUAACUUAAACCCUGAAGAUGACUCAAACGUAUCCCCAAACCAACCAAUCUACAACCAAAUAGACUCACCCAACUCAAACUAUACAACCACCUCACAACCGCAAACAAGCAUCAAUUCACUACUAUCAAACACCCACAAUAAUCAACUGCAGUAUAGUAAAAAACCAGAGUUCCUAUUCAAUAGCCAAGCAUCGCCUUUCCAAACACAACAGCAGCAUCAACAUCAUUGCAAAAAACGAUUGAAACUACCCAAACCACCCGAAAAAUCAAUCUUGAAGAAUAAAGUAUCACAACAGCAGAUUGACCAUAAUGCAAGAUACUUUGGUAACAUUGAAGGUGCAACAAUAAACUACCACAAUGAUGAUAAUGUAGACGAAGAUGCCGAUGACGAACAAGCAGUAGCUGAUGAAGACGAAAAAGAAAAAGAAAAAGAACAAGAAACAGAAACAGAAGAGCAAGAAGAGCACGACAACGAUUACGAUAACAAUAACUUGCUGCCAUCUCUGCAUUUACAUUCCAAUUCGCACGCCAAUUCGCUUCUGCCACCAGGAGGGAAUAAACCUCGAAGAAAAUCAUACGCCGAAAUGACAGACGAAGAGUUGAUGGCCUUGGAUCCACAGUUUCUGACAACAAGGCCAAGAACUGCCAACUUUGAUGCAUUCAAAUUCGAUAGCCAAAAGACUUACUAUAGAAGCGAGAGACGCUCCUCCUCCUCCUCCUCGACUUCACAAGUUGCCGCAGCUCUAAGUAAUAAACAACACCAACUAGCACAAUGCUACCCCACUUCAAAUGAAAACAAUUAUAAAUCAAUUGCAUUAACAACCCAACACCGGGAAUUCGACCACACGGAGUAUGGAAGAACCAUAAUCACGGUGAUUUCAGGAAGAAAACACACUUGGCACUCCACCGAUUGGUUAUUAGGAAUUACUGAAGAAGCAAAUGAAAUAACGCCACAACUUCCAACUGCUGACAUUUUUUUAGUGGAUGGGGACUAUUUAGUAGUCACUUGCCUCAUAUCUAGGAAAUUUGUCAAAGGGUACAAUUCUAGAUGGAGAAAAAAAACCAUGGAUGAGUACUUGAAAGAGAAAUGUUUAAACUUGAUUGAAUAUUAUCAGAUUUACUUGGCUAGACUCAACCUACGCGUAAAGCUAACAGUUGAGUUUGUUAUUGACGACGACUUGAACCCAAAUAGUACUAGUACUAAUACUACUAGUAGUAGUAAUACUGCUGCCGGCAGCGGAUAUAAAUUCAUGCUCCACCACAUAUACAAGCAAUACCAACCAAAUAUCAUUGUUGUUGGUAACAAAUCUUCGAACCUCAACUUCAAGUACCCUUUAAAAUUAAAGAAAUCAGUUCACGACGAAUACAUGAUCAAGUUGUCAUCUUAUAUUGUCAAGUACUCAACGGUGCCAGUGAUUUUGGUUGGUGGAGCUAGUUCCAGUUUCACAGGGUUCAACGAGAACCUCUUUACAAAGCAAAAGCUGCCCACUCCUCCAUCACAGGUACCUAAAAUCACAUUUAAUGACGAUAAGAAUAUAUCGCCCAAUCAAUCAUUUGCGAAUCCUCCUGCAUUCGAAACACCAACUACGACUUUAGGGGCUAGGGCAUCAAAGACUGAUGGUAAUAAUAAUGGUUCUUGCCGUGAUCGUGAUCGUGAUCGUGAUCGUGAUCGUGGUCUUGGGAGUGAUAAUAUCAAUGAUAUUGAUGAUACACAUUCAAUGUCGAGUUCAUCAAUUGAGUCUGUCGAAUCAUUCACACCAAAAGAAUAUACAGAUGUCAAUAAUGACACUAAAAGUAUGAACAACACUAACAUCAGCACUAAUAAUGGAGAUGCCGAUGUUGAUGAAGUAUCAUCAACCAUAAUGUUUCAGAUUGAUUCAAUACCAUUCAACUCUCCUGCAAAGUACUUGGAAUGGGUUUCCUAUAUCUCCGACCAGUCAUACAAGGACUCGCAAUACUACCUCCGGGCCAUUCAGUCGGAAGAUGGCUCGAUGAAAAUUGAUGAUCGAAUUCAUCAAAUCUUUAGAUCCAAGUCGUAUGCUGGCGUAACACACAAUUCAUUAGGUGGAUCCUUCAGCAGCCAUGGGGGUGGGGGCUCAUUUCUGAAUCAAAACCAUGGUGGAUCAAUGGGAUUGAGUUCAGAUGAUAGAGUAUACAAAGUCAAAUCACUUAUAUCCAUUGAAGAUGACGAAGAAGUCAAGAAAAGAAAAGAGUUGAGAAGGGAAAAUAGGAGAAAUGGAAGUGGCGCAUCAGGGACGGGCUCUAGUUCCAGGUUGGGUUCCAAAUCUGGCUCCGGAUUUAUGUCAUUGGGAAAAAAUAACAGUAAAUUAAGCCUCAGUAGCUCUAGAAGCAGCGACUCGAACGAAAAGGGAAAGAAGCAGAAAAAAGAAGUUGGGAAAAAGACGUCUUUCUGGAAAAAGAUUGGCUUGAAAAAGUGA